UUGUAUCCUGGCAACGUAUCCUUCACUGCUUCACACCACUCCUUUCACAAGAUGGCCUAGAACUUGAAAGUGUCGAGAUUUUUCUACGAAAUAUACUUCCCGCAAGGAACUCCCGUGGUAUCUUUAAAGUCUGGUGGAUGGACUAUAAAAUUCAGUGUUCUAGGAUUAAAUAGAAUGGGGACCAGGAUCGUGGAUUUGAAUUUUCGAAGUGAUCGAUCAUUGGUCUAAAUCUAAUAACGGUUGACAUUACGGUGCACAUCAGUUCUCGAAUUAAUCGAAAAUGGCUGGACGUGGUUUUUGCGUCAAGAUAGAACUAGAUUUACAUGCGAUUACGUGUCCUGGGGUCUGGCUAUGCCCCAAUGGCAAAGUGGCAUUGCAAAUAAACACAAUGAACUCUUGUAUCGAAUCGCAUAAGAUAACGCCAAUAUUUCCAUUGCUCUUUCACGACAAAUUUACAUUCAAAAAAGUAUUUACCGGCGUUGUCACUCUGGCUGAGUUACAAGACAGGCUGGAGAAUGAAUUCAUUUAUGCUGAAUUAAUACAGUGGUCUUCUCCAUCAAGUCGCGGUGUCAUUUUGGCAACUUUUGAAACUAACUUGUGUGACCUCUUAUAUCCUGCACCAUGUUUCAAGGGUUUACUGGCUGGAGUGGAUGUUGACUUGCUUAUGGAACCAACUAAAUACUUUCCUGGUAUACUGGCGCCAAAAAUUGAAGUGUCAACUCGAACUGUCAUAGAAGAAGUUAUUGGAAUUUGUGAUACAAGCUUAACAGGAGCACACAUUGUAAAUCCAAAAGUCAUUCAUUCGAAAAAUCCUCCAUGUUUCCAUAGGAAACGACCAGCAAAGGGUAUUAUAAGACAAAGGAGGGUAUGCCAUAGUCAAGGCAAAGCCAAAGUCCAAACUUGUCUAUCAAAAUGUCGAAGAAAACUCUCUAGUUCACAGUCUCCAACACCAUGUCGUUGUGGAUCCUGUUCAAGAUGUUCCCGACAAAAACCAAAUAGUACCGAAGGGGCUCGAACUUGCUCUCCAUGUUCGUCAAAUCGUCGAUCACGAUCACAAUCAGAACGAUGUUAUCAUGCGGUCACUAAACAACCAAAAUGUACGUGCCCACCCUCAUCGCCAGAAAAAUCACCGGGAGUCUUGACUGUUUGUGGCGAUUCUCAUAUCUUUGAGAGCUGUCCAGUUUGUUCCAAGUACAAGUGUUACUUUGCCUGUCACUCUAACGAUCAGGAUGAUAAUUCGGAUAAAAAUAUCGAUUGCAAAUGCAAGAAAAAUCCGCCAAAAGUUCACAGGCAGUCAAAAUUCUCUGAACGAACUUCCUUAGAUAAAGGAAAUAGUGACUGUACUUGCAGACCAAGUAGCGCUCCCAGUCCUCGAGAAGAUUCUUCAACAUCGGUAUUGAGAGCAAAGCUUCGACAGUUGCAGAGAGCCAAGGCAAAGCUUGCUUAUAUGAACUGUAGAAAUACGGACGAGAGGAACGAAUGCAAUCCCUCUUGUGAGCGUAAUCUGGACCAAGGAAGUGGGAGACAUGGUUUCUAUAAGAAUUUGGAGAAAUUCUAUAAAAGAAUGUACAAACAAGCUAAACUUCGUGCGCAGGAAGUCGACUGUGUAUAAAGUGUAAUGGGAUUAUAAAUUUUUUAAAUUAUACUUCAAUGUCAAAUUGUAUGGGUAUAUAGACUGUUGUUAAUAAACAACAAAACAACUCACAUUUA